AUGAUCCUCAAUGAACAUCACGAGGCAGACGUGAAAUACGUCGUCGAACAAAGUAACGUUAUACUUCGUAUGCUGGGGAUCUGGCCAUCGACCGACAGACGACCGGACAUUAUCGAAAAGAUCACGAAUAUCGUUCUCGUGAUCAUCUGCUAUCUGCUUCUGCAUUGCGACAUGGUACCGGGUGUUCUUUAUUACGCGUUCGUCGACGAUGAGCCGCGUGAAAGAGUGAAGAUGAUGCCGCCAAUCCUGUACUCAAUCAUGGCGAUCGCCAAGUACAGUAAUUUGAUUAUCCAUGAAUGCAAUAUCAGAAGCUGCCUGCGGCACAUCAAGGAAGAUUGGAAAACAAUAGCCAUUGGUAACGAGCGAGAAAUGAUGCUGAACAAAGCCAGCAAAGGAAGACGAUUGUUCACCUUGUGCUGCACGUUCAUGUAUUGCGGUGGAUUAUCUUACAACACGGUAGUGCCAUUGUCGAGAGGGAGUAUCGUUAUCAAUGAGAAUAUCACGAUUAGACCGUUUUCUUGCCCCGGUUAUUACGUUUUCUUCGAUCCGCAAAACAGUCCCGCCUACGAGAUCGUGUUUCUCCUACAAGUCCUUUGCGGUUUUGUCAUGUACACAAUCACGGUGGCGAUUUGCGGCCUCGCCGCUGUUUUCGUGAUGCAUGCCUGCGCCCAGAUGGAGAUCUUGAUGCGACUGAUGGAAAAUCUUGUCGACGAGAGUGAAAGUUUUGGGCAACGGAACGUCAAAGCGAAAUUGGCGCUCAUAAUUGAACAUCAAAUAAGAAUACGGAAUUUCUUGCAACUGGUGGAGAAUACUUUGCGCUACGGUAACUUGGUCGAAAUAGUGGGGUGCACCACGAUCAUAUGUCUCUGUGGAUAUUGUAUAAUAGGGGAAUGGGAGGAUAGAAACGUACCGGCCAUGAUUUCGUACGUAACAGCACUUACGUCUGUCAUUAUUAAUAUUUUUAUUUUAUGCUUUAUUGGAGAGUACAUAACGUCGCAGGCAGAAGAAGUGAGCCUAACUUCUUGUACACUGAAUUGGUAUCGUCUUCCGACAAACAUAGCACGAGAUAUGAUAUUAAUAACAGCCGCUUCAAAUGUUGCACCUCGAAUUACUGCUGGAAAAUUUAUCGAUCUAUCCUUCAGAACAUUUGGUGAUGUAAUUAAAUCAUCUGUAGUUUAUUUUAACAUGCUUCGACAACUUACCGAAUAA